AACAGAACCAAAAAAUUUUCCAUUUUCAGAAACUCGAAUGCGAUUUUUCAACUUUUGCGGGUCACAAAUAUUCUUUGAACAUACAAGGGUGGCCAGAAGAGCUCUGAGACGGUGUUUUCGUUAAAAAAAACGGCAAAGUGGAUAACCUAGUGUAUCUGUUGGCCCAUUGGAAUCUGUUUGCUCGCAUCUGGUUAGCCGCCCAGCAGCCAGUAGUUUUCGACGAAGACCCCCACGCAUCGACAACCCAGAUGGAGCAAGAUGUUAAGUUUCCUCCGGUCGACACCGCCUCUGAAGAUGUGCACCUGCCGGCGGUAAUUUCCGUUGGAGCUUGUUUUACUAUUGCCGUCAUCUAUGUUGCCAGUUUGUACGUGUGGAAGUCGAAACAUGAUCGGGAUCAUCCCUCCACCAUCAAAAGGCGUUUUUGCAGCGUGUUCGUUGUAAUGCUGAUCGCUCCAAUCUUUGUGUGGGCUCUGUCGUCGGAUUUCGUUGCCCAUCGAUAUACCAUGUGGCAGAUAAUGGGCUUCCGAUUGGAGGGCUUAGUGACCGCGAUUAUGCUUCCGCUAGUGCUGACGGCUACGCUAUUUUGCGGACCGCUCAGCGUAACCCUUUGUAACGGAUUGUGGCGCAUCUAUUCAGAGCCAAUGUACUGGGUCCAAGCCGUCCAAAACCUAAUGUGGUUGAGAAACCAUCUGGUGGCACCUCUGUCGGAGGAAUUUACAUUCCGGGCUUGCAUGCUGCCUCUGUUGUUGCAAACUUUUCGACCUCAUACUGCCAUGCUGAUAACGCCACUGUUGUUUGGUUUGGCUCAUUUGCACCAUAUCAAGGAGCGGCUCAGGGACGGAACACCCUUGCGCAUCGUUCUCACCGUAUCGUUUUUCCAGUUUUUCUAUACCACCAUUUUUGGCAUUUAUUCGGCAUAUCUAUUCAUCAGAACUGGACACUUUGCGGCACCAUUUGUAGCGCACGCAUUUUGUAACCACAUGGGUUUCCCCGAUGUGCCGGAAGUGCUCAACCAGACAAACCCUCGAAAAGCCAUCUUCCUAAGCCUGUACGUGCUGGGGUUGGUUGGAUGGAUUUUGCUACUGCCAACGCUUACCACUCCCGGCUGGUAUGAGAACAACCUUUUCUGGUCUGGAGACACGUGAACGAACGAACGAACCAUUUAUAACGUAGAAAGGUUUUGUUUUAUUAACGUCAUGAAAUAGGAUCUCCAGUAAGAUGCACAAAAGGACAGAAACCCGUGCUUUUAAUGUUUGCCAUUUAAUAUUCCUUGUGUAUCGGGAAUUUAAGGUUUCAGCUAUGCGGGUUAACCAAUUUAGUUGCAUUAACAAUAGGACAUUUGAUAUUAUGGAAAUACACAUGUUAUAUAAAUACUUUUUGUAGGUUAAAAAUAAUCACUGUUUUGCUGCUUGAAAGCUCUUUCCUCUACCUAGCGAGUAGUUUAAGAUUCAAUUUAUUGUUCAUUAUGAUGAUUUUCUUAGAAGAAAAAAAAUAAACGACAAAUUAGCAGUUUUUCAACUAUUCGAAACAUGUUCUGGUUUUUUUUUAUUUGUCGCUUGCCUUUUAACUUUUCGAUAAUGUCGUCUAUGUUAUUAAACUUGAUUUUGAAGGAAUUUUGAAGGUCUUUAGUUUAAGUCUACCGUUGGAUUGUCGGUUUCAAAUUAGUCUGCGAUGCGAGUGAAGUUUCUCGGAGUCAUAUAAAAAAGUCGUAGUCACGUGACUAUUGUUGGCUUCUCCGAGAGGCGACUCACUCCAGGUGACUUAUAGUUCAUUAUGCUCCGGAGGCGAACAAACAACACAUGUUUAUUUCGACGUUCCAGAGACAUUAAACCAGAUUUAUCGGGUUCACCAUGCGAACUGUCAAACAUUUAAGGAAUAUGGAAAUAUUCAUGCAAGAAUAAGGUGACUUUUAAAAAACCAAGUCACUUCACGUCACUCGCCUCGCAGAAUAA